AUGAAAAUAUUUUCUAAACAACAUGUACCAGAAUGUCAUCGUGGUUUUGGUUUACAUGUUUGGUUAAACAAGGAAGAAAAUUUAGCAAAAAAUGUAUGUCUUUGUCUACCUAGUUAUUAUGGUGAUCAAUGUCAAUAUGAAAAUCAACGAGUAAGUCUAACUAUUCAAUUUCAAGCAUUCUCUGAUUCAUUAUCAACAUUAUUCGCAAUUAUUAUUUUACUUAUCGAUGAUAGUGACGAAAGAAUUAUUCAUUCUUAUGAACAAUUAACAUAUUUUUCGAUAAGAGAUUGUAAAAUUAAAUAUAAUAUUUAUCUACUCUACUCAAUCAGACCAACAAAUCAAACAAAAAAUUAUUCAAUACAUAUUGAUAUUUAUGAAAAAAAUUGA